ACUACAGCUUCUUCGACAACAACCACAGAAUCUCACACAACAACCACAGAUGCACCCACAACAACCAUAGCUGCUCCAACAACAACCACAGCUGCUCCAACAACAACCACAAUUGCACCCACAACAACCACAGCUGCUCCCACAACAAACACAGCUGCUCCGACAACAACCACAGAAUCUCCCACAACAACCACAGAUGCACCCACAACAACCACAGCUGCUCCAACAACAACCACAGCUGCUCCAACAACAACCACAAUUGCACCCACAACAACCACAGCUACUCCCACAACAAACGCAGCUGCUCCGACAACAACCACAGAAUCUCCCACAACAACCACAGCUGCUCCCACAAUAACCACAGAUGUGCCAACAACAACCACAGCUGCUCAAACAACAACCACAGCUGCUCCAACAACAACCACAAUUGCACCCACAACAACCACAGCUGCUCCCACAACAACCACGGCUGCUCCCACAACAACCACAGCUUUUCCCACAACAACCACAGCUGCUCCAACAACAACCACAGAUCCACCCACAACAACCACAGCUGCUCCCACAACAACCGACGAUGCUCCCACAUCCACCACAGUGGCUCCAACAACAACCACAACCACAGAUCCACCCACAACAACCACAGCUGCUCCCACAACAACCGACGAUGCUCCCACAUCCACCACAGUGGCUCCAACAACAACCACAUCUGCAGCAACAACAACAACAUUGGCUCCAACAACAAACACAGUGGCUCCAACAACAACCACAGAUGCACCCACAACAACCACAGCUGCUCUCACAACAACCACAGAUGUUCCCACAACAACCACAGCUUCUCCCACAACAACCACGGUUGUUCCCACAACAACCACAACAAUUGCACCCACAACAACCACAGAUGCUCCCACAACAACCACGGUUGCUCCCACAACAACCACAGGUUCUCCCACAACAACCACAGCUGGUCCAACAACAACCACAGAUCCACCCACAACAACCACAGCUGCUCCCACAACAACCGACGAUGCUCCCACAUCCACCACAGUGGCUCCAACAACAACCACAUCUGCAGCAACAACAACAACAUUGGCUCCAACAACAACCACAGUGGCUCCAACAACAACCACAGAUGCACCCACAACAACCACAGCUGCUCCCACAACAACCACAGAUGUUCCAUCAACAACCACAGCUUCUCCCACAACAACCACAGCUGCUCCGACAACAACCACAGAAUCUCCCACAACAACCACAGAUGCACCCACAACAACCACAGCUGCUCCCACAACAACCACAGCUGCUCCAACAACAACCACAGAAUCUCCCACAACAACCACAGAUGCACCCACAACAACCACAGAUGUUCCAACAACAACCACAGCUGCUCCAACAACAACCACAAUUGCACCCACAACAACCACAGCUGCUACCACAACAACCACUGUUGUUCCCACAACAACCACAGCUUCUCCCACAACAACCACAGCUGCUCCAACAACAACCACAGCUGCUCCCACAACAACCACAGAUGGUCCAACAACACCCACAGAAUCUCCCACAACAACCACAGCUGCUCCGACAACAACCACAGAAUCUCCCACAACAACCACAGAUGCACCCACAACAACCACAGCUGCACCCACAACA